UUUUGAAGUCCAAGGUUUUUGAUAAAAAUUCAGAUAAAAUCUUGCAACUGGUGAUUGUUUUUAAGUAAAUACUACUUCGUUGAAUGAUUCGCAAUCUACUGCGUGGACUAGUGCUCAAUAUGCCAUUUUAUGCCGUGGCUAAAGGUAGAACUGUUGGUGUCUAUUUGACGUGGCCAGAAUGUCAGCGACAAGUGACCGGAUUUACUGGGGCCAAGUACAAAAAGUUUCCCACUCGGCAGCAAGCAGAGACUUUUAUCCGUGAAAAUGGCGGUAGCAUAUCCAGUUCCAGCUCCGACAGCGCAAGUAAUUCUUCCGUGGAUUCUCAACCCGUGUGUCCCCCGACGCAGUCCGUCCGGGUAUUGAUCGAUAAUUACGAUGGUAUCAAUGCUGCCUGCUCUAGAAUUGAAAGUAUGAAGCGGGAACUGGACGAGCUGAGAUCAACGGUGGUAGUUCCGUGCUCGGCGCCAGAGGAAUCAGAUGUACCGCGGCCAGCCAAGCGUAAGAAGACAGCUAGCGCACUGAAGCCAGUUACUAAAUUGGAAAAGUAUGGCAGCUACAGCUUCCUCCAGGAUGCAGACGGCUACGUGCAUGUCUACACAGAUGGUUCCUGUGAAGGGAAUGGAACUGCGGCGGCCUGCGCUGGUUUGGGGGUGUACUUCGGUGAGGGACACGCAUUAAACACAUCGAAACCGGUCAGUGGGCGAGCGACCAACAAUUGCGGAGAAAUCCAGGCCGCUUCGUUGGCCAUACGGCUAGCAAAAGAAAACGGCAUCAAAAGACUGAUUAUUAAUACAGAUUCUAAAUUCCUAAUCGAUUCCAUUACCAAGUGGGUGCCCAAUUGGAAGCGGAAUCAAUGGAAACUUUCGACCGGAAAACCGGUUAAGAAUCAGGUGGAUUUUGAGGAACUGGACCGGGAACUGGCAGGCAACAAGAUCGAAAUCAAGUGGAACCACGUCGAUGCGCAUUGCGGAAUACUGGGCAAUGAACGGGCAGAUGCACUAGCCCGUGAAGGCUCGGCAAUGUUUCGCCGUCUGAAAGCUGCUCGUUGACCUUCGAAGUUGGUGAGUUUUGUAUUUUGUUUCGACAUUCGCUAUUUAUGUAAUGCUAAUUAAACUUUGAUCACUGUA